CUCAGAACUUAUUAAGCUACUUAUGGAGGGGGGAAAAAAUGCUGAGAAUUGGCCUGAGGUCUGUGAGGUUCCCUCUCAGCUGCAGAGGGGAGUGCUGCUGCGAGUCUGUGGGACCUGUUCUGCUCUUUUGCUCACGCUUCCUCAAAGCAUGUGACCAUGUGAUCCCGGUCUGUGUAGUUCAGCGGACAGAGGGAGGCAACUUGUGACCGAGAAGGCAGCAGGAACUCGACUCUGCGUGAUUAAAUCUGGCCUUCAAUCUCCUCCACACCGCCUGAGAACAUGGACUGCGGGAUCGCCACGUCUAAAACCAUCCUCCUCUUCCUCAGUUUAGUGUUCUGGGCGGCCGGGGCAGCAUUGGCCUACGUUGGUGCCUAUGUCAUCCGGAGCUAUGACAACUUUGAAAGUUUCAUUCAGGACAAACAGACGCUGAUUCCUGCAGCGAUCAUCAUCUGUAUCAGUGUGACCAUGUUUGUUUUCGGUCUGGUGGGAUGCUGCGCAACACUUCGCGAGUCCAAAUUCGGCCUCAGCUUUUUCUUUCUGAUUAUCAUGGUCAUCUUCGCUGCUGAGGUUGCUGCUUUAGUAUUUAGCUUCAUCUAUCAAAACAAGAUAAAUGAAGACCUGGGACGCUCUAUGACUGAUGUCUUCUCAAAGUAUGGCGGACAGGAUGCAGAGACUAAAUCUGUGGAUUUGCUGCAGACUCAGUUGCAGUGCUGCGGCGUUUUUAAUCUCACAAGCUGGACCAACACUUCCUGGUUCAGCAGCAACAACAACACAGUGCCUCUGUCAUGCUGUAAAAACACCACAUUGCCGUGCACUGGCCGGAUGGACCAACCAAAUUUGCUUAACGUAGAGGGUUGUAAGCCUAAGCUGGAGCGUCUCCUACAGGAUGUAAUGACUUAUGCUAUGCUGGUCAUUCUUGGUUUUGCCAUCAUCAAGUUCUUUGGCAUGCUGAGCGUCUGUGUGAUAACCUGUAGAUCUGGCAGCCGGAGGAGCGGCUACCAGCCUCUCUAUGCCUGAAACUCCCCCUUCAACCACAACCUCAUUUAGUUGCCUUGGAGUUGGCUUACUGCCUUGGAGUUGGCUUGCAUUGUAUAGAGGUCUCUGUCUAUUUUAAAGAAUUUAAGCUUUGUUUGAAUAUUGACAUUGCAAAUCUUGUCAUAGCUUAAAAAGGAUGAUAUGAAAUGAUGAGUCCCCAGAUUUAAUCAGCAUAACUGUAUCCUUGUUUCAUUUACCUAAAUUCAGACACAGCAUUCAAUGUUUAGGUUUUAUCUAAAUUUUUACCAUCCAGCUUAAAGGUGUUAAAAAUGCCAAAGAUUUGUGUAGUCUCUGAGCCCAUCUACAGUCUUACCUUCCAACACAUGAUGUGAAAGUAAAUAAAUCAAUGUUGAUUCCACUGGGAUUAUAUUUGCAUCAAGUCUUGUUCAUCAAGUGCAAGACUCUUGUUUCAAAAGUGGUCUGACAUUAGGAAGGUGUAAGCACAUCAAACGAGAGAACAAGGAAUAAACUAUUGGACAUUUCAGGCUUCUCCUUGUAGAUCUUUCUCAACCAACUUUACUGCACCGUGUAGAUAGCCUUUUUUAGAGGACACCAAAUUUUGAAUGUACUUUGACUCAUGACUUCAGAAAUUUAUUUUAAGUCGUUUGUGAUUGUGAACAAAUGGAAAGUGGUUACGGACCUUAUUUAGAGUAGCAAUAUUUAUAGUUAAUUGAGUGACUGUAUUGAAUCAAUUUCUUCUUCUAGUUUGGUGUUUAUGUUUGUUUCUGAAUUUCUGAAUUAAAAAGGUGAAUGCUUCACAGUAAUCAUGGUUUUAGUGUUAUCUCACACUUAAGUUGUUGCUUUGUUUUACCACCAUUAAACCACUCUAUGCAGAUCCAAUAUAUGGCCUACCACUGAUCAAAAUGUGUCGUAACAGCAUGAGAUGAGUUCAAAACAGCUCUUAUAUCUCCAGUGUCUU